UGUACUGGUUACGAUAACCUUCAAAUUUACAAUGUGACUUCUCGAGGUCUCAUUAAUCUCAUUCUUUGCAUUCAAUUAUUUCCACAUUUCGAGUCGAAAGUCAGUGCUUGUGAUUUAUUAAACUUCAAACUCAUUAACUGUACUCUGGGCGAGGUUCAGAGGAGAAAAAUCAACAUGGGAGAUGCAGAUAUUGGACUUAUUGGUUUGGCUGUUAUGGGACAAAACCUUAUUUUGAAUAUGGCCGAUCAUGGGUUUAAAGUUGUUGCAUACAAUAGAUCCGUGGAAAAGGUUCAUCAUUUCCUAGCAAAUGAAGCCAAAGGCAAAAAUAUUGUAGGAGCUGAGUCUAUAGUGGAUCUGCUAUCAAAACUGAGAUCUCCAAGAUGUGUGAUGUUAUUGGUUAAAGCUGGUGCUGCUGUUGAUAGUUUUAUUGAUCAGCUUGUACCUCACCUGAGCAAAGGAGACAUAAUUAUCGAUGGUGGUAAUUCUGAAUAUGCUGACACCCAAAGGAGAACACAAGAGUUGUCAAUGAAAGGAAUCAGAUUUGUGGGGUCUGGUGUGUCUGGAGGUGAAGAAGGAGCGAGGUAUGGUCCAAGCCUCAUGCCUGGUGGAAAUAAAGAGGCUUGGCCUUAUAUCAAGGAUAUAUUUCAAAGUAUUUCCGCGAAAGCCGAUGGACAACCAUGCUGUGAUUGGGUUGGAAACGAUGGUGCUGGGCAUUUUGUGAAGAUGGUACACAAUGGAAUUGAGUAUGGGGAUAUGCAGUUGAUUGGAGAAGUGUAUGAUCUUAUGUUGGCUUUAGAAAUGGGUCAAGAGGAAAUGGCUAACACUUUUGAGGAAUGGAAUGAGGGAGAACUUGAUAGUUUUUUAAUUGAAAUAACAAAAGAUAUAUUAAGAUAUAAGGAUGACAAAGGAGAAUAUUUACUGCCGAAAAUAAGAGACUCUGCAGGGCAGAAAGGGACCGGCAAAUGGACAGCUAUUGCUGCCCUCAAUUAUGGAGUUCCAGUCACUUUGAUAGGGGAAGCUGUUUUCAGCAGAUGUCUGUCAUCUCUUAAAGGGGAAAGACAAAAUGCCUGUAAAUUACUCCCGAAACCAUCAACCUGUAAAUUUUCUGGAGACAAAAAGCAUUUUCUAGAAAAUCUGAGACAAGCUCUUUAUGCAAGCAAAAUUGUAUCGUAUGCUCAAGGGUUUAUGCUUAUGAGAGAAGCAGCCAAGGUCCAUAAGUGGAAUCUAGAUUACGGUUCAAUAGCACUCAUGUGGCGUGGAGGUUGCAUCAUCAGAUCAGUUUUCUUAGGUCAAAUAAAACUUGCCUUUGAUAAAGAUAAAAAUUUGAGUUCAUUAUUGUUGGCACCAUUCUUUAUUGAUGCAAUAUCUAAAGCACAAACUGGCUGGAGGAAUGUGAUCGCUACUGCUGUUACUCUAGGUGUUCCCACUCCUGCCCUGAGUACUGCUUUAGCUUUCUAUGAUGGAUAUAGAAGUGAAAGGUUACCAGCAAAUCUUCUCCAAGCUCAGCGCGAUUACUUUGGUGCACACACAUAUGAACUGCUUGGUCAGGAAGGCAAAUUUGUUCAUACUAACUGGACUGGAAAAGGGGGAAAUGUUUCCGCCAGUACCUAUCAUGUUUGAGAAUUUGGCUUGGGAAUUUUAUUUAUGGAAUUUUUUUUUAACAGAGGUUUUUAUAUUUAUACACAAAUAGAUGGUUAUUGGAUAUGUUUA